GACGUCUACAUGUACCUUCUACAUAUAACCAUCGCACAAAGACAAAGAGCAGGUACAUAGGAAGUAGGUGAUGUAUACCUCCGAUCUACCCCUCUAUAGCCAGUAAGGGAUAGAUUACACAAGCCUAAACACUAUCGCGUAAGCUACCGGCCAGCUCUCCUUCCCCCCAACACCGAUUAAAUCAAUUGGACAACCCCUGAAACCUUGCCCCUCAUUCUCAAUUGAUGCGACCAUCUGCGGAGUAACGAGUUAGAACGCGAAGUGAAUAUUUAUUUUCUCCACACCAAAACCUACCUUCACUUUUCUGCACCUUGAACCCACACCUCCUUUUUUAUACUCUUUCUAAACACCAGCGCUGUGCGCAUUCGUCUCGACCUUUUAUCUCUAGAUCGGUCUCGAAUCCAGUCGCAGAACCCUAAUCUUGCAAGUUCCGACAGUAUUAUUUCAUCAUGAAGGGCGAGAUCCUCCACCUUCACUUGGGCCAGGCUGGUACCCAGCUCGGUAACAGCGCUUGGGAGCUGUAUCUCCUCGAGCACGGUCUCGGAGCCGAUGGUCGCCCCGACCCCAACGCAAAGGACGUCCUUGACGGUGGUUCUUAUGAGACUUUCUUCACUGAGACGAGCACGGGCAAACAUGUUCCCCGUUCCAUCUUCGUCGACCUGGACCCUUCGCCGAUCGACGAGAUCCGAACUGGUGGCUACCGUCAACUUUUCCACCCCGAACUUCUGAUCAGCGGAAAGGAAGAUGCUGCCAACAACUAUGCUCGUGGUCACUACACCAUCGGCAAGGAAAUGGUUGACAACUGCCUCGACCGAAUCCGACGUGUUGCAGACAACUGCAACUCUCUUCAAGGUUUCUUAAUCUUCCACUCGUUCGGUGGUGGUACCGGUUCUGGUUUUGGUGCUCUCCUCCUUGAGCGUCUUUCCACCGAGUACGGCAAGAAGUGCAAGCUCGAGUUCGCCGUCUACCCGGCUCCCCGGGUCUCUACUGCUGUUGUCGAGCCUUACAAUGCUGUCCUCUCGACGCACAGCACCAUUGAGAACUCCGACUGCACAUUCCUAGUUGACAACGAAGCUGUCUACGACAUCUGCAGACGCAACCUCGAUAUCCCUCGUCCCAGCUACGAGCACCUGAACCGCCUAAUUGCGCAGGUCGUCAGCUCCAUUACCUCGUCCCUCCGAUUCGACGGUGCUCUAAACGUCGAUCUGAACGAGUUCCAGACCAACUUGGUCCCUUACCCUCGUAUUCACUACCCUCUUAUCAGCUAUGCUCCUGUCAUCUCGGCUGCCAAGAGUGCUCAUGAGAGCUUCAAGGUCCACGACCUAACCUUCCAAUGCUUCGAGCCUAACAACCAGAUGGUUGUCUGCGACCCUCGAAACGGAAAGUACAUGGCCGUCGCCCUCCUCUACCGUGGAGACGUCGUCCCGCGUGACUGCAACUCCGCUAUCGCAGCUCUUAAGGCAAAGGCUUCCUUCAACCUUGUUGAAUGGUGCCCGACUGGUUUCAAGUUAGGUAUUAACUACCAGAAGCCUAUGGCUGUCCCUACCGCCUCACCGUCUGAUGGUGGUCUCGCGUCGGUCGACCGCUCCGUGUCUAUGUUGUCCAACACGACCGCCAUCGCGGAGGCGUGGUCUCGUCUAGACUACAAGUUCGACCUGAUGUACAGCAAGCGCGCCUUCGUACACUGGUACGUUGGUGAGGGUAUGGAGGAAGGUGAAUUCUCCGAGGCUCGCGAAGAUCUUGCGGCUCUCGAGAAGGACUACGAGGAGGUUGCGGCCGACAGCUUCGAGCCUGACGAGACUGAGGCGGAAUACUAAGCUUUUCUGCGUUUUGCGCGUAUAAUACCCCUAGGUUUUUCCGCUCGGUUGACUCUUGUUCCUGUUCUGUACAAACCCGUCCUCAUACCCCCUUAAUCCUAUCCUGUUUGUUCGACGUUCUAAGUUGGCGACAAUGCUUCUACCGUUGGAGUUGCAAACGGAGCAAUGGAAAACUUCCGUGGAUAACCUUGCUGUUUCUUGGAAGAGGGGAGGCCUGUAGCGAGUUGAUGAGGGUGGCACUUCGACAUGGAAGCCGUCGACGAUCCGAGAAGGUAUCUGGUAGGCGGCGGAAGGAUUGAGCGACCCCUCGUUUUUCUCCUUAUGUUUCCCCCGAGUUGUACCGUCUUCUCCGUACAUUUGUAGUAGCUGCACAAAAUUCUGCAAUGUCGAGUAGGUUGAUGAAUGAGAUCAAUGAUUCCCCCUA